AUGCCGAAGCGGCAGCAGCAGCGCAGACUGGUGCAGACGGUGAUCGUGGGCUUCACGGCGGUCAGGAAGCCGGUGGCGGUGACGAACACGGGCAAGGACGCGCACGAGAAGUGCGUGCGCACCAGCAGCGAGACGAAGGUGCCCACUGCUGGGUACAUCGUGGAGAUUGCGCGACGACGAGUGCGGAAUCGUACCGGCAGGUAUGAGAUGGAGCAUGAGGUGCAGUAUGGAGUUCGGCGUGGAGGACCAUCGGCACGGAGGUGGCUAUCAGCAGCGGAGUUCGAGGAGCUGCUCGAAGCCCGCAAGAUCGAGGGCGAUCUUGGAGCCGGGGAUGGCGUGUAG